AUGGCAAAUUUACACGGUUAUGGAGAAUAUCAGCCAGAUUAUUAGUAAAGAAGGCAACAAAGAACAUUGCAAGAUUAUUUUGGAGACAGUAUAAAACGAUUUCCAUUUAUUGGAGCUUAAGUUGUAAAAACGAAUCCCCGAUAAAUGCAUUACUUCGAAAUGUUAUAGAAUAAUUAUUUUCCUGGAUACAAGAUACAAUCUGUUACAACUUUAGCUAUUUUUGUAUAUACUCUACUAUUUACUCUAUGCAUUUUUGGAGGAAUCGAAAAACAAGGAUAAUUUCUAGAAAUCAAUGAUGCAACACUUUAAAGUCAUGGGGGUUUAGUUACAAAUUAAAUCAAGAAUGAGUUCAUGUUCUAAUAAUUAUUUACAAGCAUCUUUUUGAGUAGAGAUUUUUAUCACUAUUUUUGCAUUGUUUUCUUCUUACUCAUAUUAUUAUCCAGUUUUGAAUAUGCAUCAGGUCCAAUCAUAGCAAUUUCAUUAUAUAUAUUUAGCGGAGCCAUGGGAGCAUUAUUUGGAAGUUCUAUUAAUUGUUGCACAGAUCUGAUUUAUUUACAUGCAAAUACUGCUAUAUAUGGAUUGAUAGGAGCAUUCUUUGGAUGUAUAAUAUUGAAUUGGUGUUCACUCGAAGUUUUGAAUGAAAUGAGAGCAUUUUUAUGUUGUUUUAUGUGGAUUCUAUUAACAUUUGUCCUCGUCAUAACUUUAUCAGCACUUAACACAAAUCAUAAUGAUAAAUAUGGUUAAAUUGGAGGAAUUAUCACAGGAUUUUUCCUUUCAUUGGCAAUUGUACCGCCAAUGAACUAAGGAAGUUAUGAAGAUAAAGCAAAAAUAUUUGGAUGGACAUUUUUAGGAAUCUUUGCUUUCAUCAGUACUUUGAUGAUUAUCGUGAUAUGAUAUUUAGAAUUUUAUAUAUAUUGAA